ACAGAUGUGGGAAGCGUGUUGGGCUCUAGAAAGUUGAAGUGCCCCAAACAGUAGCCCUGGCGCUGCCAGGUGGGGUAACCUCAGGUGGCUGCCCGUGUGUGGAAGAGGUCCUGGAGCCUUUGGCUGGGAGUGGAAGCCGGGGAGGAGGCCGGAGCGGCGGAGCCCCCGGGAGCAGGGCUUGCUCCUGUAUCUCAUUAUUCACACGCCUGAUGCGCUCAGCUCGACUGACUCUGCUCUGCCGGAGGAAAGGAGGCGCUUCCUGUUAUUCAGAGGCAAACUUCAGGCUGGACAGGAGGGAACAGGCAGCAGAGCUGGGCAGGAGGGUGCCUAGGGAUGAACGCCCAGGGGUGCCCCUCGCAGCUGCUCCUGCUGCUCUUGGUCGUUGUAAUUCCCAGCACUGAUGCAAGCUCCCAAGCGUGGAGGGACCAAGCAGCAGGGAUCCUCAUAAGUGACCAAACUCCAUGAAGGGGCCACUCAUCUCCUGGAGCAUUGAACUGGAGAUCCAAAAACUACAUGUUGAUGUAACUCAAUGGACUACACAGGGCUUUUGCAAGAUGCCUUGUACAGAAUCAAUGCCGAAGUGUGCUGGGAUAGGUUUGGUCAGCAGAUGGCCAAUGUCAGCGCCGUGCACUUGUGCACAUGGAACAUCAUCAGCAGGCCAUACACCACGCUGAGACAUUGCCUGGAGGACUGGGCAGACAGACUGGAGUACGGCUACCCCAAUGCCUUGGCAGAGCAUUACACCAUCAGGAGCCACCACACGUACUUUCUCAACUGCACUCUGGAGCACCCCCUCCUCCUGGACCCCCCUGAAAAUGUCCUGCUUACCCUGAUCAUCACCCCCAUCUGCCUUAUCCCUUUCUUGGUCACCCUGGUCGUGCUGAAGAGCAAGGACGGUGAGAUGCAGGCAUGAGGCCUACCUGCUCAUCAGAGGCGGAGAUACAAGGGGGAAGGGGGUGCAUGUUGCACUGGGAGCACACCGGGGGAGGCACGCACAAAAAUUCAGGUUUGUGGUUUUUGUAUUUUUUGUGUUUUUUCAGUUGUCAGACUGCAGGGGCCGCAGUUUGUAGGCUAGCAGCACCAAAAUCUCAGUGAUUUUUCAGGAGACUCUCCUGAUGA